AUGUCAGAUUGGGGUGGGUUUUCGGACGCAGAACUUCGCCACCUCCGAAGUGGCGGCGAUUCAACAGCGACCAAAGCUAAACCAGCCUCGUCGAAAUCGCCGAAAAAGGCACUCGCCGCUAAAAAGACCUCAAAGCCAAAACCGCCGAAAAAAUUACCUGAUGAAGCCCUCCUCCCUACUAGUACAAACGCUGAACCAGCUAAACUGGAACCCAAAGAAGAGAUCCAAGUGAACAAAGUUGACACCUCAUCAAAUCAACCUGAAGUGCCGGAUUUUAUUGAAGAAGAAGUUGCCGAGCAAAAGAAAAAGAUGGAGAUCCAAGAAGUCGAGAAGAUUCAAAAAGAGAUGGAGGAGAAGAAUAAAAGGCGAAGAGCCGCUCUAGCUCAAGAAGUCAUCUCUCGGCAAAAGAAAGCUGCAUUGGAAAGCAAAAUGCUCGCGACGAUUCAGGAUGAAUUAGUUAAAUUGGAUAACCUACUUAAUGCGGACGUUGCCGUAAUCCGCGAUCAAAUCGACAAGGCUUGCGUAGAGUUUAGCGAAGCAAAUCGUCGAUUUCAAACAGCAGAGAAAGAGUACGUCGAUGCUAAGUUCGAUCUCCAGCAAAAAACUGAGACAAAGGACAACCUGACCGAGCAUCUCAUGGAUCUGAUCCAGAUGAACGAAGAGCGAAAACAGAAAAAGCUCGAAGAGUUGACAUUCAAGCUGAGCAUGGACCCAGAAAUCGUGGCGAAACGAGAGGCAGAAGCUGCGGAGAAACUCCGACUGGAACAAGAGGCGAAGGAAAACGCAAUCGCUGAAGCAAAGAAAAAAGCAGCUGAAGAAGCUGAGAAAAAUUCACAGAGCACUGAAGCACCUUCUGAAAACACUGAAGAGGCGGCACCUGCUGCCUCUCCGACGCCUCAAGAAAUCUCAAGAGAUCAACCUGCUCAAGACCUAUCAAAGCCUGCUGCUGAAACUCCAUCGAGCUAA